UGCUGCUGCACACACUGAGGAGGAGAGCUGGCUGGUUCAGAUUAAUGUGCCGCUCAGGAUGUUGCAGCAGCAGCCUAUUACAGGCAACGGGCCCAAUCCAAGCCGGGGGCUCGGGUUGAACGCUCACCCGGGAAUGCACUCUCUCAACCCGAUACACCCGCAACACCGCCCCGAUGGAGAGCCGGGCCUGGACGGGACAGAAAACGGACAUGAAAACCGGCGAGACAUUGGGGACAUUCUGCAACAGAUCAUGACCAUCACUGACCAAAGUUUAGACGAAGCUCAAGCAAAAAAACACGCGUUAAACUGUCACCGAAUGAAGCCGGCUUUGUUCAGCGUGCUCUGCGAGAUUAAAGAGAAAACAGGUCUUUCCAUGCGAAAUGCACAGGAGGAAGAGCCACAAGACCCACAACUCGUGCGACUGGACAACAUGCUCCUGGCCGAAGGCGUAGCUGGGCCGGAAAAAGGCGGCGGAGCAGCUGCGGCCGUUUCGGCAGCAACCAGCUCUGGGAGCAUGUCUCCAGAUAGCUCUCUGGAGCACUCGGACUACAAGCAGAAGCUGAGCCAAAUUCGCACAAUCUACCACACAGAGCUGGAGAAAUAUGAGCAGGCAUGCAGUGAGUUCACGACUCACGUGAUGAACCUGCUACGUGAGCAGUCGCGCACACGGCCCGUCUCCCCACGUGAGAUCGAGCGCAUGGUGGCCAUCAUCCACCGCAAGUUCAGCUCCAUCCAGACCCAACUUAAACAGAGCACGUGUGAGGCCGUCAUGAUCCUCCGCUCGCGCUUCCUGGAUGCCAGACGCAAAAGACGCAACUUCAGUAAACAGGCCACGGAGGUUCUGAACGAGUACUUCUACUCUCACCUGUCCAACCCGUACCCCAGCGAGGAGGCCAAAGAGGAGCUGGCCAAACAAUGCAGCAUCACCGUCUCUCAGGUGUCUAACUGGUUUGGCAACAAGAGGAUCCGCUACAAGAAGAACAUCGGCAAAUUCCAGGAGGAGGCCAACCUUUACGCCAUGAAGACGGCCAUGGGCGCCACACAGAGAGAAGGGUCGCCACACACUCCAAACUCUACCGGCUCAGGUUCCUUCUCUCUCUCAGGGUCAGCUGAUCUCUUCCUUGGAGUUCCUCCAGUGAAUGGAGAGCAGCCUGGCUACCACAUGGGGGGACAGGACUCAGUCUCUCAUUCCCGCUUUUCAGAAAGACUUUAUAGUCCCAGAGAGAGCCGGACUAAUGGGAACUGGCAGGAGCAGAACACGCCCCCCUCUCCACCUGGAAGCGAACACUCGGAUAACUCGGACUAAUGGGCGUUACCUGGAGAGAGAGGGAGAUCAGGACAAAGAAAAAGACGGAAAGAAUGAUGGUCACUCUUCUGCCCAAGUGCAGUUUUGUUUCUUUUUUUUUCUUCUGUUUUCUGUUCUGCACAUUUAUUGAUCAUAGUACAUCACACUGCUUGGAGUGUGUGAGUGAGUGAGAGCGUGAUUGGAGGGGAAUGGAUUGAAGGUGGGUUCAUCAUGGUUUUGGCCGUUUUCUUUCCCGUUUCGUUUCCGUUUUAUUAUUAUAUUAAUAUUAAUAUUAUUUCGUCAUCACUUCACUACUUCCACUACAUGUUACUGCAAUAUUUGGGUUCUGAAGAGGGAACUUUUUAAAGCGCAUUAAGACUGCUUUCUUUAUGACUGUAGUGCUAUUAUUAUUAUUGUUAUUGUUAUCACUGCUAUUCUAAUCUAUAUUGUUUCUUUAAAGCUCAGAUAGAGGUGAAUUGGCAUAGGUAAAGGGGGCAAUAGAGAAUAAUCCAAAGAUUGUUUGUUUUUUGUUUGUUUGUUUGUUUGUGUAUUCUCUUUUUUACUGUGUGUACCUAUUAUUAUUAUUAUUAUAUGAAUGGGGUGUGUUUGCUGUCUUUAUUUACGGUUUGAAUGCGUAUAUCAACAGUGCUGUCUUUCUCUGUACAGUGAAACACCUGUAUUCUCUACCUCUUUUACAAUAAAGACUGUCUGUGUUACACAUUCAGAA